GGUACAACCAUCAAUCGACCACCCAUCCACACUCUCACCCAUUAAAUCUAAAGGACUACAGAAACUUGCGGGGUUUUCCAAGAAUAAUCUCUGGAUGGAGAUCCAUUAGAGAUCUUAUGCUCCUUGGCUGCUCAAAAAUUGACAAAUCGACAGAAAACUUGAGAAAAUUUUCAUGUUUGGAGUUAGGAUGUUAAGAGAAAUUAAGAAUAUUUUUUUCAUGUAAAGUAGCAACUGGCAACCUCAUCAAAAUACCUGACUGUUAAAAAGCCCAUCACAUGCACUAGCAUCACUGUUAGAUCAUCAAUCAAUCAAUGGAGGGUAGAGAGACCCUUCAGUUGACAUGCAACACUUGUGGCAAUGUAGGCUUUGCGGAUGGAUUGGAUGGCUACUAUUACUGCCAGAAUUGUGGGGCCCAGGCUGAGGACAUCAUAGAAACUGGUGUUGCAGAUGAGGACUUCAUGGCUACCGGUGCUGGCACGGGUACUGCCCUUUACCAGACUAGCCACACCCGCCAUGGUGCCAAAUCUCGGCCAGUGACUCAAUUUGUCCCCCUCUCACAACAGUCAACUUUCUGGUCCCCGCUGUUUGAAGAACCAAAAUCCACCACAAAUGACGAUAACAAUACUCCUGGUCCUCAGAAUAUUUAUAAAGUUAAGAGAGAAGAGGUGUAUUAUGAGGAUGGAGUUGGUCCCACGGAGCCUGAGGAUUUCGGUUUGGGUUCAGAUCUAGGAGAGAGUCAGGCAGGGUAUGAGGAUUAUCAUUUUGAAGUGAGGAUGAAGUAUGUCAUGGGGGUGCAGUUGAUGAUUCAGUUACAAUGUGAGGCUUUGGUGGAAAAGUUUACUCUUUCUCCUUUGAUUUGCGGGGUGGCUGGGUCAAUAUGGUUGAGGUUUCUUGCAUCAACGGGAGUUCUCCAUGAAGACUGGGCUGAUAUUGCAAUUAAUGAAUCUGAGAGUCAAAAACAAGGAGAAUCUGAAGAUUUUAAACUUCGUGCGAAAUAUAGACAAGAGCCUCACAACUUACAUGGUCAGAGAGCAGUAAUGAUAUGGUAUAGGUUGUUGAGACGGAAGAUACCAUUAUCUUGCUCUUUAGCUGUAUCUUUUUUAGCUUGUCAUGUUGCAAGGGAAACAGUUUUGCCAACAGACAUAGUGAAGUGGUCAAUUGAAGGAAAACUUCCAUAUUUUGCUGCUUUUGUUGAAAUCGAAAAACGAUAUGGGCAGCCUUCAGUUGCCUGUUCUAUAAGUACUAGUCAUAUGUUUAGACCUUCUAAAGCUGUUGCUGUACAAAAGUUGGAAUCAUUGGCUGCAUCCAUUGCUGAGUCUAUAGGUUUACAUUUACCUCCAAUAAACUUCUAUGCCAUUGCCUCCCGCUAUCUCAAAAAGUUAUCUCUUCCUGUAGAGAAGAUUCUUCCUCAUGCGUUAAGAAUACAGGAGUGGUCAAUGCCUCCAGAUUUGUGGUUAUCAACAAAUGAGUUGAGGCUUCCUACUCGUGUUUGUGUAAUGUCAAUACUGAUUGUAGCUAUCAGAAUUCUCUAUAAUAUAAAUGGUUUUGGGGCAUGGGAAAGGAGCCUGUCCAGUCGUAAUGUUUCCUGUUCAGCAUCUAUCCCUGGAGAAAAAAUGGAUCCUGAGUGUCAUUUCCAAAGGAGAGAUGUUGAAGACAAUUCAGUUUCUUCAUCCAACACCUUUGAUGAUUCCGGUGCACAAUCUAGUAAGAGUCCAUCACAGUUUAAGGAACCUGGAUUGGAUGCCGAAGAGCUUCUCUAUAAUCUGGAAGCUAGAUAUAAUGAUAUCAUUGACACCUAUGAAUAUUCCAAGGACUUGCCAACAUAUCUGCAAUAUUGCAAGGAUGUUGUCUUUGCUGGACUAGAACCACCGCAUGAUGAUCAUGAGGAAACAAGGAUGAUUGAGCAAUUUUGGAAUUUCUAUCAGGAUGAAAUGGAAUCUCAGCCAGCAGAAGACAUUGGAAUGAGAUUUGAUAUUGUUAUUAACCAAAAGAGACCAAGGGAUGAUAGAUCUCUCAACAUUCACUUUAAGGAAAACAAAAAAACCAGAGACAAAGGAUGUAACGGUACACCAGCUGCUCAUUAUGGAACCUUUCUUGGAGAUGAUAAUUCACAGAAGGAUUUAACAGAUGAUAACUCUUUGCAAAGUUCAAAAGGAGAUCCAAAUUCAGAAUCCAAUGAUAAAGCUUCAGUAGAGACUCUAAAAGAAAGAGCCAUAAGACGGUUGAAAUUAGAUAUGGAAGAGAAAAGGUUUUGUUAUAUUCCACCAAGGGUCAAACUCAAGAGACUCGAUUACCUUUACUAUGUGAGGAAGAAGGAUGAAGGUGCCUUUACAUAUGCUGCACAUGCAGAUUAUUACAUAUUGCUUCGUGCUUGUGCAAGGGUUGCCCAGGUUGACAUUCGAAUUAUGCAUUUCGGAGUCUUGAGUUUUGAGAGGAGACUAGCUUGGCUGGAAAAUAGAAUCGAUCACUGCUUGCAUUUGUGCCCUCCUAGUGUUACUUGUGAGUUUUGUGGUGAUGUAGUAGAAGUUACUGCAGAUGACCCCAAUUGUAAUAUAGUAGAUGUUCCAAUUGAAUUAUCAACUUUGAAUAUAUGA